GAAUUAUUCACGAAUGAUCCACGAAUGAUCCACGAAUGUUCCACCGAAUGUUCCAUCCAAUAGCGACACUGGUAUCAUGAAAGCCAAUCUGCCACCGUCCUAUGGCAUCCCGAUGAGUUAUUCUCCCGUCGAUUCCGUGGAUCCGUGGCCUCUAGAGUUUGAUACCAACUUCAACUGCAGUCUUAGCUGCGUCGGUAGUAAUAUAUGGGCUUCUCCCCGAUUUGCACCAUAUGAAAACAACACAACCUUCCUUCCCCCCAUUAACCCUCCACUAUAUACCAAUCCAGCAUCGCAAAGCAAAGAAUGACAACAGUCGCCCACUUCCUCGCCACCCGUCUCUCCCAACUCAACAUCCACCACCACUUCGUCGUCCCCGGCGACUACACCACCCCCCUCCUCGACUCCCUCCGCCACCACACCGACCUCACCGAAAUCACCUGCACCAAUGAACUCAACUGCGCCUUCGCUGCCGACGGCUACGCCCGGGCCCGUGGCCUCGCUGCCUGUCUCGUGACCUAUGGGGUCGGCGCUCUCUCCGCGUUCACGGGCAUUGCGGGGGCUUAUGCGGAGAAUCUCCCCGUGUUGCUGAUUUCCGGGGCCCCGAAUACGAAUGAUCGUGAGGCGUUGCAUUCGGUCCAUCAUUCGUUGGAUGAUGGGGAUUUGGGGUUUCAGGUGGAUAUGGUGAGGAGGAUUACUUGUGUGGCGGUGGUGGUGCGGCGCGCGGCGGAUGCACCUCGGUUGAUUGAUUGGGCGGUUAAGUCGGCGAGGUUGCAGCGGAAGCCCGCGUAUAUUGAGAUUCCGGUCAAUUUGGCACAUGAGCCGUGUGCGUUGACGGGGCCGCCGUCGGCGGUGUUGGAAAGGCGGAGGAGUGAUGCGUUGGGGUUGGAGGCCGCGGCGAGGAAGGCCGUGGAGGUGUUGAGGUGGCAGGAUACAGUGACCAUGUUGGUGGGCCCGAAGGUGAGGGCGGCGGGGGCGGAGAGUGCCGUGGUGGCGUUGGCGGAGACGUUGGGCUGUGCGGUCACGGUGCAGCCCGCGGCCAAGUCGAUGUUUCCCGAGUCGCAUCCCCAGUUUGCGGGGGUGUAUUGGGGGGAGGCGAGUACGUUGGGGGCGGAGGAGACGGUCGAGUGGUCGGAUGUGGUGGUUUGUGUGGGGACCGUGUUUACGGAUUAUAGUACCGCGGGAUGGACGGCUAUGCCCCCGGUGAUGAAUCGGAUCUCAGUGGGCAUGGAUCAGGUGACGGUGCCGGGGGGAGAGUGGAAUGAUGUGUUGAUGAAGGAUUUUCUCGGCCAGUUGGCGGCCAAGUUGCCGAGUCCGAAAUCGGUGGUGGAGUACAAGCAGCGAGGAAGUGAUCGGAUUGAACCGCUGCGGGCUCAUGGUGGGAGUGCGUUGACCAGGAAAGAGAUCGCACGGCAGAUCGAAAAUAUCCUCACGGCGGAUUCGACUUUGUUUGUGGAUAUUGGUGACUCCUGGUUCGAUGCCAUCCAGAUGGGACUGGCGCGGGGGGCGCGCGUCGAGCUGCAAAUGCAGUGGGCACAUUCAGGCUGGUCGAUCCCGGCCGCAUUUGGCUAUGCGCUCGGUGAUCCGGAUCGAAAGGUGGCGAUUCUCGUCGGUGAUGGGGCAUUUCAAAUGACGGCGCAGGAGGUCAGUCAGAUGACGCGGUAUCAGAUGCCGGUGUCACUGUUUGUGGUCAAUAAUCGGGGGUAUACGGUGGAUGUGGAGAUUGGGGAUGGGAUCGUGAACAAUAUCAAGAACUGGGAUUAUACGAUGUUUUUGGAUGCGCUGAACAGUGAUGAUGGGUAUGGACGCGGGUACAAGGUGACCACGGCGGGGCAAUUGCAGCAGGCAAUUGAGCAGGGGCGGGUCAAUCGACGCGGUCCGACGUUGAUUGAAUGUUCUGUUGAUCGGGCAGAUUGUUCUCGCGAGUUGGUGGUCUGGGGACAUCUUUUGGGGGAAGCGAAUAAGCGACAGCCAGCAGUGUUCUAGGCUCUACCCUAUUCGGUAAGGAUAUGCAGCGGAACAAUACAUGGUGACACAGCAGAUGUUGUGUAGUUAAUAUGGGUUAGUUUAUCGGGAGUCAAUGCGUCUUGCGU